AUGGCAAAGAAGGAGAAGUCGAAAGCCAAUGCAACAGAGCACGAACAAGACGGCGAAAUCAACGACAACUUCGACGGCGCUUCCACGCCAUCACUCAUGUUCAGCAGCGAUGAUGACGAUGAAGAAGCCAAUCAAGAUCUGAGUCUCAGAAUCGUGGAAAAGGCCCUACGAAACCGAGAGGCGAAGCUUGCACCAAACGACGCCGUUUUGAACAGCAUCGAUUCUUCUCUGGAUUUUCCAUGGCAGCAAUCUGAAUUCAAGGUGAAGCAAACCGACGCCGUUUUGGAUGGGUCGAGCGGGGUUGCUGCUUGGGAAGUGAUGGAAGAGGAGAAAACCACGAAGUUGAUGGUGGACUCUGGUGAUUCAAGUGUUAUUAUAGCCGCAGAUCAAGAGGUGGAGGAGAUAAUCAAAACUAGAGGGAACACUGAGUCUGGGGAUCUGGAAGCAAGUCCGGUUCAGAUAGGCGAUAACGUGGUUCUGCGAAAGCUGCUUCGGGGUCCGAGAUAUUUUGACCCUCCAGAUAGUAGUUGGGGAGCAUGCUAUAAUUGCGGGGAGGAAGGUCAUGCUGCUGUAAACUGUACAGCAGCGAAGCGGAUGAAACCGUGCUAUGUGUGUGGUGGUUUGGGACAUGCUGCAAAGCAAUGUACUAAGACGAAUUGCUAUAUAUGUAAGAAAGGUGGCCACCGUGCCAAAGAUUGUCCGGAGAAGCACACUAUGGUUCGGGUUCCUAAAAGCUUAACGGUAUGCUUGAAGUGUGGGAAUUCUGGGCAUGAUAUGUUUUCAUGCAGGAAUGAUUAUUCACAGGAUGAUCUCAAGGAGAUUCAAUGUUAUCUAUGCAAGACAUUUGGCCAUUUGGGCUGUGUCAAUACCAUUGAUGCAAUACCGGGAGAAAUUUCUUGUUACAAAUGUGGUCAGAUGGGUCAUACUGGUUUGGCAUGUUCAAGGUUGUACGGUGAGAGUACUGGUGCUGCCACACCUACUUUAUGCUAUAGGUGUGGUGAAGAGGGGCAUUUUGCCCGAGAAUGCACAAGUUCUAUCAAGGCCGGGAAGAAGAAUAGAGAAUCUUGGAACACAAAAAAUAGAAGUCCUCAUAAAGAAAAUGAUUACAAGGGGCAUUGGUCUGCACCUCAUGAUAUGGGUAACAUGCACAAAAAGAAACGGUCUCUUAAAGACGAAAGAGGCCUUACACAACCUAAGAAAUCAAAGAGAGGUGGCCGGACAAGGGAGCUUCCUUCAGAAGAAAGAAGCUUUACAACCCCCAAGAAAUCAAAGAGUAGAGGUGGCUGGAUGAGGGAGCAUCCUACAGAAGAAAGAGUCUUUACUACCCCCAAGAAAUCAAAGAGUAGAGGUGGCUGGACGAUGGAGCAUCCUACAGAAGAAAGAGUCUUUACUACCCCCAAGAAAUCAAAGAGUAGAGGUGGCUGGACGAUGGAGCAUCCUGCAGAAGAACGUGACUAUAACACUCCCAUGAAAUCAAAGAGUAGAGGUGGCUGGACAAUGGAACACCCUGCAGAAGAACGUGACUAUAACACUCCCAUGAAAUUCAAGAGCAGAGGUGGCUGGAUGACUGAGCACCCUGGAGACUUCUCUUCUUCCAAGUCCAAUAGGAACAGUAGGAUGUAUGCAGCGACACCAUAUGCUAGAAGCACUAAUGUGCAUGCGAGUGGCAGUGGAAGUCGAACUCCAGGUUGGAGUUCUCAAUCUUCUAAGGCGUGGAAUGGUCAACAUUCUGAAGCCUCAAAUUCCGCUUUCCAACAUAGAUACUCGUCAUCAAGGUUUGGCAACUCUAAUGAUGAUGGAUAUAGGAGAAAUCGUUGGUGGUAG